AAAAGGUUGAAAACAACAGCAAUGAAAGAAUAAGCACAGCCCAUCUCAAGAACACUUCUUUAAUGUUAUAUACACAAACAACACAAACAGCAAUACAAACAAAAGACAUUGAAAACAACACCCAACAAAACUCUUCCCUACACCAUCUUCUCCUUUCCCCUCCCAAACAGAGGAAGUGACUCUUUCCUUGUUCCUCUACAACCGGGCACAUCCCUCCAUCACUUCCCUUCUUUAACCUUUGUCAACCCAUUAAAUAAAGAUUAAGAAAUUAGAAAAUUAUAUCAAACACCCAGAUUGGGAAACAUUGGGAUUGGGAGUGGAGGAAAUUGAGAGAUGUGGGAUGCUUCAGGCAUUGAUGAAUCUGCUUUCUUUAUGUUUUAGGCCAUUUGGGCAUCAGCAAGAUAAUUGUAAUAGUAACAGUGCCAGUAGUAAGUUUGAGUCUGUUAGUAGAGAAGGUAAAGAUGGAUUACUUUGGUAUAGAGAUAUUGGCAGAUACGGGUCUGGUGAAUUUUCAAUGGCUGUUGUUCAAGCUAAUCAAGUUCUUGAAGACCAAACCCAGAUCGAGUCUGGUUCUUUUGGGACUUUUGUUGGAGUUUAUGAUGGUCAUGGUGGCCCAGAAGCCUCUCGUUAUGUCUGUGAUCAUUUGUUUAGGCACUUUCAAGCACUAUCAGCUGAGAGACAGGGAGUUGUAUCUGCAGAGACUAUUCAAAGAGCUUUCCGUGCAACAGAAGAAGGGUUUACUUCUCUUGUUUCCGAGUCAUGGACUACUUAUCCCCAAAUUGCAACCGCUGGGACUUGCUGUCUAGUUGGAGUGAUAUAUCAGCAGACGCUCUUUGUGGCAAACCUGGGAGAUUCUCGUGUCGUGCUGGGAAAGAAAGUUGGCAAUACUGGAGCAAUUGCUGCUAUACAAUUAUCAACUGAACAUAAUGCAAAUCUUGAGGCUAUCAGGCAGGAACUUAAGGAAUUACAUCCACAUGAUCCCCAGAUUGUUGUCCUUAAGCAUGGAGUUUGGAGAGUUAAAGGGAUUAUUCAGGUUUCUAGAUCUAUAGGCGACGUUUAUAUGAAACAUGCACGGUUUAACAGGGAACCAAUUAAUGGAAAAUUCAGACUCCCGGAGCCAAUGAACAUGCCUAUCUUGAGUGCGAAUCCAACAAUCAUUUCCCAUCCUCUCCAACCAAAUGAUUCCUUCCUUAUAUUUGCAUCUGAUGGUCUUUGGGACCACUUGAGUAAUGAAAAAGCUGUAGAUAUUGUCCACAGCCAUCCACAUGCAGGAAGUGCCAAAAGGCUUGUCAAGGCUGCCCUCCAAGAAGCAGCAAGAAAACGAGAGAUGAGAUAUUCGGAUCUAAAAAAGAUUGACAGGAAGGUGCGCCGCCACUUUCAUGAUGAUAUAACUGUUAUUGUUUUGUUCUUAAAUCAUGAUCUUAUAUCAAGAGGCACACUGCAAAUCCCUCCAGUCUCCAUCAGAAGUGCUCUAGAACACUGAUAAUAUAUAUAUCCCGAACUCAAUUCAGACAUUUCUCCUUCCUCUGAUUAUAUGACCAGCCCGGGUGCGCAAUAACAUACUUCAAGGGAAAAUGUGUAUCAUGAAUAUUUACAUAUAGAGCUGCACUGACAAAGCGGUUGCAUUGUGUUGGACUACUCGGACACUAUUACUGAGACCUACUUAUUGAUGAGGGGUUUUAUAUUUGUAAAAUGAUGUUUGUUAGAAAUUCACUUUGGUUUUAAUACCCCGAUAUAAUCUACUUCGAUUCAUCAUUCUAUCUCA